AUGGAGAUUCAUCAGUCGUCGCAGCAAACCGCCCAGCAGCUCGCGUUCCCCUUCAUCGGCGACUUUUUGCCUGGAGUCGUCCUCGCUACCUCCGAUUAUGGAUCGGACUGCAGCUCGAAUCAAGCGGAACUCUCGAUCAACACCAUCUCCGACGGCUCAUCCGAUGAGACCACCGUCUACAUCGGCGCUUCCCUUAAAGCGUCCGGACCGCACAAUAGUGAAGAAUUCAUCUAUAGCCCGGAUAUAUACAAAGUCAAGCCUGACGCGCUGGAGAACUGCCAAGGGUGCCAUCAGCCAAUUCAAGACGCCACCCUUCUCAAUGUUGAUGGCAGGCAAUGGCACGAACAGUGUUUACGUUGCGAAACUUGCAUGAUUCAGCUUAGUAGUAUGCCAUCAUGCUUCACCAAAGACACCAAACUAUUUUGUAAGCCGUGCUACGCCAAACAAUUUGGGACCAAAUGCGCCUCUUGUGAUCGAGUCAUACAAUCAACUGAUUGGGUGAGACGAGCCCGAUCAUACGUCUAUCAUCUCGCAUGUUUCGCAUGCAAUCAAUGCAAAAGACAAUUAAGUACUGGCGAGGAAUACUCGCUUCAAGAGGGCAAAUUGUUGUGCAAACAACAUUUUCUGGAACUUGUUGAGGGCGAAACGGGCGUCUCCCACCAGAAAAUCAAGACGAAACGCGUUCGGACAACAUUUGCUGAAGAGCAGCUCAGUGUUCUACAGGCCCAUUUUCAAAUCGACAGUAAUCCCGAUGGUGCGGAUUUAGAGCGAAUUGCAAAUAUCACCGGACUCAGUAAGCGAGUUACGCAAGUCUGGUUCCAGAACUCGCGGGCGCGGCAGAAGAAAUAUCAAGGAAAUCGAAAGACAUGUGGAGGAUCUGGAGAAGAAACCGAGGGAAGCCGACGGUCCUCGGUUGGUCCAAUGAGCCCGAGCCAGAAGUCAGAUAUGAGCAAUGACAUGAUCUACCCAACCUCUGUGACAACAACGGCUGAGGAAGCUAUGACUGAUGCGAUGCUGACAGCAAUGCACUAUGAUUGA